AUGGAAAACCUUCCUGCCACUGCGAAGACACACAUUGUCCCUGCUGCCCAAGGCUACGCAUUCGAGGUUACGAAAGGCGAGCGGUUCCGCAUUGUUGACUUUAUGGCUUGGGUCAACGAGCCGGGCCUGAAGAAGCAUGUCCGGAUAUCUUACACCCAGUUCCGACUGCAGGGUGUCAGUCCUGACAUUGGGGAGCAUCUCCGCACCAACCACGAUGCUCCGGCUUUGACUAUUACCGCCGACACCUGCAAAGUCCACGAUAUGACAUUCAUGCCCUGCUUCCCGGAGGUCUAUGCUGAAUGUGGUCUUGAAGGUCAUCGUUCCUGCACGAUGAACAUAACUGAAGCCAUGGAGCCAUAUGGUAUUACCUCACGACUCGAGCUUCCUGACCCGUUCAACAUUUUCAUGAACUCGCCCAAUUACACCCUGAAGCCUAUCAGCAACAGUAAGCCCGGAGACUAUAUCGAGAUGGAGGCUCUGAAGGACCUGGUUAUCGGCGUCUCAUGCUGUCCUUAUGAUCUCGGAACCUACAAUGGAGAUGAGAUAACCCCCAUCGCAGUCAUUACGGGAUUAUAG